GUCUGAUGGGCUGGCUGACUGAUUAUGUCUUAUUUUCAAAGACACUAUUUGUCUUAAAAAAAGAAAAUUAUUUGUAUUUCCUGAGUGAAUAGAAUAGAUCUCAUAAUAUCCCAUCAUAACUUGAAUUCCGUGACUGGUAAUCUAUUUUUUUAUUCAAACGAGUUGGGUUUGUGAAAUUCAGAAAUUAGUCACGCUUGCUUGCAUAGGCAAGUCGCAACCACAAGUGAGCAGGCAGACAGUGUGGUCCAAGUUCUCUUUAUACAUUAGUUGAGCAAUAAUAUAUUAACAGUUUGGUUAUUGUUACGCAAGAAUAAAAUAGUAAAAAAGCUGUAAAGGAACGAUAACUUGAUACAUUGUUCGUUGAGAGUACAAAUUUUGAAAUCGGCAAAUCUGCGGGCGAUGUGAUAAUGUCUCGAAAAAGGAGUCGACUUAACAGUGAAGAAGAAAUGAGCGCAAAGUUGAUAGGCGCCGGGGAGAGCCAGAAUGGUAGUGACACGAGUUUUCAAAGCAGCACAAGUCAAGUCUCAUUUGAAACAGUUAAGUCCCUUCGGCUAGCGGCACCGUUCAGCACAGAGCCAGCGGCGGUGGCGGAGCGCGAGCGGUGCCACUAUGGCCGAAUCCCGCGGGCCCUGGCGGCGGCGGGCGCGGCCCCGCGGAAGGUCCGCGUCUACGCGGACGGCAUCUACGACAUGUUCCACCAAGGACACGCGCGCCAACUGCAGCAGGCCAAGAACGUAUUCCCUAAUGUCUACCUUAUUGUUGGAGUGUCCAACGACCAGCUGACACACAGCCGCAAAGGACGCACAGUCAUGACUGAGGAGGAGAGGUACGAAGCCGUCCGACAUUGCAGAUACGUCGACGAGGUAAUAAAAGACGCGCCGUGGGAGUACGGCGACGCGUUCCUAGAGAAGCACAAGAUCGACUUCGUGGCGCACGACGACAUCCCCUACACCACGGAGGACUCGGAGGACCUGUACGCUUCCAUCAAGGCCAAAGAUAUGUUCGUAGCUACUGAAAGGACUGAAGGCGUGUCAACGUCGGACAUCGUGGCGCGGAUAGUGCGCGACUACGACAUCUACGUGAGACGGAACCUCGCGCGGGGUUACUCCGCCAAGGAGCUCAACGUGUCCUUCCUCAAGGAGAAGAAGUUCCGGCUACAGAACAAGAUAGACGACCUAAAGGAUAAAGGCAAAAAGGUGAUGACGAACAUCGGCGAGAAGCGCGUGGACAUCCUGACGAAGUGGGAGGAGAAGUCGCGGGACCUGAUAGACGCGUUCCUGCUGCUGUUCGGGCCGGACGGCCGCCUCUCCAACAUCUGGAACGAGUCCAAGGGCCGCCUCAUGCAGGCCCUCAGCCAGCCGCCCUCGCCCGAGCCCAGCGAGGACGGAGACGACGACGACCAACGAGGCUCCGCGUCGCCGCCGCCGCCCAAGGCGCGCCGCUACGACGCGCUGUGGGAGCCACAUGCAGGUAACUGGAUGCAUCGAGCUCUGAGCGCCCUGGCGACGCGCAAGCGCCGUCACAGCGACAGCUGACGGACGACGGCUCCGACAGCGACGACGACUUCCACGACACGCAGCCCUAGCUCCGCCCGGCUCACGUCACACUCCAAGUGGAUUCUCUCACCGUUUGUAUCGUCCAUGCGACAUCGAAGCACGCUGCGAAGUGAAAUGACAUUUGAGUUUCGGUCGUGUUAAAUUAUUUGUAUAGAUAUGAUUUGUAUGUCUUUCUGCAGAGUACAAUUGAGUGAAUGGUUAUCCUACUAGUUUUAUUAAUUUUAUUAUUAUUUAUGUCUAAUCCUAAAUAAAGAAAUACCCGUUCGUGUUUUUAUAGUUGCAGAAUGCCUGCAAUGUUUAGCACCUUGAAAUCAAUGUGUAAGAUUAUUAUAUAGGUGCAGAGAAACUGUUUACAUAGAUAUUAUUUGUAUAGAUAAUAUUUUUGACAGUUGAUUAAAGAGGUGCUUAUUAUUUAUAAAA